AUGGCCAUUACUCUCUACUCAGACAAGUCCAAGGGCCUCGUUGCCCUCUCAAACAACUUGAAGCUGGCGAUUGCCUCGAAAGUGUACUCCGUCAAGAUCGAACAGGAGGAGGGCAAGUUCGGCCUCGAGGACACGGAGAAGGGGUUCCAGCUGAUCGAGCCGAAUGCCAUCGUGAAGUACCUUGCCAGGGAGUUUGCCCAGUCGCAGGAGAUCGAGUAUGAAGAGUCGACCCUGUUCCCCCUGUUGUCGAAGAACCAGGGCUCGAAGCUCUCGCUUUCGUUCGCCAUGACUCACAUCACUCCGUCAGCGAUCAUCCUAUUCGCCACUGCCUAUGCUCUUGAUCCAACACAGUUCCCAGAAUUCGCAUCCCUGGACCAUAUCUCGCUUGCCAUCACAGAGGCCAAGGCCAUCACGUCUUUGGAGAGACCUAAGCCGGUCAACGACAACAGCGUCAACGUUGCUGGAGGGUUCGAGGUUGAGACACCAACAGGCGAAAUCUUGCCAGACCCUUCAAAGAGAAACAUCCUCAUCACGUCUGCCUUGCCAUACGUCAACAACGUGCCUCACCUGGGUAACAUCGUAGGUAGUGUCUUGUCUGCAGACAUCUUUGCCCGUUACGCUAAGGCCAGAAACUACAACACUCUCUUCGUGUGUGGUACUGACGAGUAUGGUACUGCUACUGAGACGAAGGCACUGGAAGAGGGCGUGACACCAAGGGAGCUGUGUAACAAGUACCACAAGAUCCAUGCUGACAUCUACAAAUGGUUCCAGAUUGGAUUCGACUACUUUGGCAGAACCACUACUCAACAGCAAACUGAUAUUGCCCAGGACAUCUUCCUCAAGCUGAAUAAGAACGGAUACCUCGAGGAACAGUCUAUGGAGCAGCUAUACUGUCCAGUGCACAACGGAUUCCUUGCUGAUCGUUACGUGGAGGGAACAUGUCCAAAGUGUUCCUACGAUGAUGCUAGAGGUGACCAGUGUGAUAAGUGUGGUAGCUUGCUGAACCCAUUCGAACUCAUCAACCCAAGAUGUAAGUUGGAUAACGCUACUCCGGAGCAAAAGACCUCAGAACACAUCUUCCUCUCUCUGGAUAAGCUGGAGCCAAGACUCAUUGACUGGUACAAGGAGGCCUCUUCGAAGGGAGACUGGUCCCGUAAUUCUAAGACCAUCACUGAUACGUGGUUGGCUGAAGGUCUGAACCCACGUUGUAUCACUCGUGACUUGAAAUGGGGUACUCCUGUGCCAUUGGAGAAGUACAAGGAUAAGGUGUUGUAUGUUUGGUUUGAUGCUUGUAUCGGUUACGUCUCCAUCACUGCCAACUACACAAAGAGCUGGGAGUCGUGGUGGAAGUCUCCAGAGAAUGUCCAGCUUUAUCAAUUCAUGGGUAAGGAUAACGUUCCAUUCCACACUGUGAUCUUCCCAUCUUCUCAACUCGGUACCGGUGAUAACUGGACCAUGUUGCACCACUUGAACACCACAGAGUACUUGCAGUAUGAAGGUGGUAAGUUCUCCAAGAGUCGUGGUAUCGGUGUCUUUGGUAACAACGCUCAGGACUCUGGAAUCGCACCAAGUGUGUGGAGAUACUACUUGGCAUGUCUUCGUCCAGAGAGUGGUGAUUCUCAGUUCUCCUGGGACGACUUCCAAGCUCGUAACAACAACGAGUUGUUGGCCAACCUGGGUAACUUCAUCAACAGAAUUGUGAAGUUUGUCAAUGCAAAGUAUAACGGUGUUGUGCCAAAGUACGACGCUAAGCUCAUCGCCAACUACGACUCUUUGACCCAGGAUUUGAACGGCCUGUUGGCCAAGUACGUCGAUGCUAUGGAGACGGUCCAUGAACGUAAGGGUUUGGAGCUCGCCAUGGCUUUCUCUGCCCGUGGUAACCAGUUCUUACAGGAGAACAAGCUGAACAACUCGUUGUUCAACGAUACCCCUGAACUGAGCGACGCUGUUGUCGGCGUCGCCUUGAACAUCGUCUACUACGUUGGCUCCCUGGUGUACCCAUUCAUGCCUGAGACCACGAAGCAAAUCAACGAGAUGCUGAGAGCUCCAUUGCUAUCCAUCCAGGACGAUUUCAAGCUCCUGCUGCUCGAAGGUCACUGCAUCGACAAGGCACAGUACUUGUUCUCCAGAAUUGAAGACGACCAAGUCCAGCUGUGGAGAGCAACUUACGGUGGUAAACAAGUCAAAUGA